AUGUCGGACCAAGGAAUCUCGCGCUUCACGCCGCAGAACAAGACGACGCACGAGCGUCUGUCGACAAACACCGUCGGGCUCGUCGCGCUAUCCGACUUUCGCAAGCGGAGAGCAGAGGUGCUCGAGCAGCAGGAGCGCGAAGCUCGCGAGGCUGCCAUCUCAGGCACGUCCACACCGGACCGUUCUCUGACAGGCACUCCUGACAACGCCGGCAGUGAAUCGAACAGCGGCCCGGGUGCACGGGUGCGGCCGCCGAAGAAGAAGCAGAAGCAGGGCAAGAAGCUGCUGUCCUUUGACGACGAGGAACAUGGCGACAGCGAGCCCAGCAGCAAUCCCGACUCCAAGCGCGAAGCGAAAGACGCGGACCCAGACCCCGAUAGCGAAACGGGCAAGCCAAAGUUCAAGGCGAACGUGAGCGUUGGCAUCGUGCCCAAAGCCGUCACCAAGUCGGCCCUGCGCAAGGAGGCCUCCCAACGAGAGGCGUUGCGACGAGAAUUCGUGGCGGUCCAGGAAGCAGUCAAGGCCACGGAGAUUGCGGUUCCCUUUGUCUUUUACGACGGAUCCAAUAUCCCAGGGGGGACCGUGCGGAUGAAGAAGGGAGACUUCGUCUGGGUGUUCCUCGACAAAAGCCGCAAGGUCGGUGCCGAAUUGGGUGUUGGGGGCCGAAGUAAUGCGCGGAGGGGUUGGGCACGCGUUGGCGUGGAUGACUUGAUGCUCGUGAGAGAUACCGUUAUUAUUCCACAUCAUUACGACUUUCACUUCUUUGUGAUGAACAAGACCGUUGGACCCAGUGGCCGCAGGCUAUUCGACUACAGCUCCGAGGCACCCGUGGUAGAGGAGCCUGCCGAGGACAACUCUGGUCUGUCUACCGAAAACCAUCUCAGCACGUCUGCGUCGCGGGCAGCCGCGGCGAGGUCUUUGGCGAGCAUCGAUACCCUUGAAGGGGCCUCGGAAGACCCCACGUUGACCAAAGUGGUGGAUCGUCGGUGGUAUGAGAGAAAUAAGCAUAUAUACCCCGCCAGUACUUGGCAGGCGUUUGAUCCGGAGAAGGACUAUGCCGGUGAGAUACGCAAGGACACCGGCGGCAACACGUAUUUCUUCUCGAAAUGA